AUGAAUGUAUAUCAGCCCCACAUAGUUGCCGCACCAAACGAGCACAAAAUUCCUUUCCCCGCUCAUGUCAGCAUUUCAAAAGUUCAGUUUUGUCGUGAAUACGGAUCACGACUUGUGGCCGCGUCCGGAUGGGAUGGAACUGUGCACAUCUAUAGCCUUGGCAAUAACGGCCACUCGGAGGAAAAGCGGUACUACUAUCAUGGCAAACCUGUACUCGCUUUCACCUUUACGGGUAGUAGCAGAAUUGCCAGUGGCGGCCUCGAUCAAGUUAUGAAGUUGGUCGAUAUUGAAACUGGGCGAGGUUCACUUUUACGCUCUCACGCAAAUGGCAUAAGAUGUAUGGAAUAUAACCCUCAAAGCAGUGUUGUGGCUACUGGCAGUUGGGAUUCUACAGUGAAGUUGUGGGAUGCUCGAGCGACGACUAUUGCUGGACCGAUGCAAAGCGUAGGCACUGGAGAUCGUGUGUAUGCCUUAGACGUUCUCGGCGACAAGAUAGUUGUUGGCACGCGCGACAGGAAGAUCCACUUGCUCGACAUGCGAAAUCUUGGCACUCCAGAGCAAGUACGAGACAGUCCAUUAAAGUACCAAACUCGAAACGUCGCCUUCUUUCCGACUGGUGAUGCAUUUGUCGUCUCGUCCAUUGAAGGUCGUGUUGCUAUUGAGUAUGUGAAUCCUUCACCAGAAGAACAGAAGAAGAAAUACGCCUUUAAGUGCCACAGGAGUAAAGAGGAUGGUGUGGAAUGCAUAUACCCUGUGAAUGCUCUCGCAUUCCACCCAGUGAACGGCACGUUCGCCACCGGCGGUUCCGACGCAGUCGUCAACUUGUGGGAUCCCUUCAACAGAAAACGCUUGGUUCAACUUCAUAGGUUCCAAACAUCUAUCGUAUCGCUGUCGUUUAACUAUGAUGGCUCGCAGCUGGCCAUUGCUUCAUCCUUCGCGUUUGAGUACGAGCCAGCACCCAACCCCAUGCCAGAGAACACUGUCACUGUUAGACACAUAAGUGACGCGGAGAGCAAACCAAAAUGA